GAAUCGCGGUGGAUGACCCUACUUAUUUUACUUUUGACCAUGAAUGGUCUCUGUUGAAUUUUUUAUCGUACCGUCAAAAGUGUAUUGAUUUCCGAUUCAAUAAACAAAAAGAGCAUGAAAGAUAUGUCCGCAGUCUUACAGCAAUACUGAACUGGAAAGAAGCACCUGAUAUUGCAAUUGAGUGGGCAAACAAGGCGCUUGCUAUAGUACAGAAAAAGCUCUUAUACCAGCAAUCACCCAACACUCCUGACUGCGGUCAGGUGGAAAAGAAAUCACAAUCAAUCACUAAGUUUUGGGAGAAUGUCGCGUCUGUAGAAAAUCAAAUGACGGCAGCCAUAGCUAGACGCAAUGUUAUAAUGGAGGAGCAUACUAACACUGUCAUACAGUCGGUUUUCAAACAAGAUCAAAUUGUACGAGACAUGUAUGCGAGACAUCUAGAUGAUAAACGUCAAGAAGUGAAAAACUUGGAAGAUGUUUUACUAAAUUUCUUUCUUGUGCAGAAACGAUACCAUGUCAAUAUAAGUAAUAAAACGCAAGAUAUGAUGGAGAACAUGACAGAAGAAACUGUGAAAGCACAUUUAGAUAGAACAAAGAGUUCUUCCAAACAACAACUGUCCAACCUGUUAUCUGAUCGAGGUUAUUGUUCUAAAUGUCACAUGAAGAUUAAUAUCUCCGGACCAAUGAGAUUUUGUCCUUAUUGCGGAAGUAAAGUUGCUUCAUUCGAUGUUACUGACUUUGAGGAGUUUGAGAGUGACAAUGAUGAACCAGUUGAACCGGAUGAAGCAGAUGAAAAUAAGGACGAUGAAGGUCCUCCUAAAAUAGAUAAAUUGGCUUUUCGUGAAGCGCACCAUGCUAUCCCAGAUAAUGCAAAGAUGCAUUUGAAGUCAGGAAAGAUAGUUGAAGAUGUACUUUUUGAUUUCGCUAAAGAUAUGGAGCAUGAACACCAUGCCCAUUCCUACAUUAUAAAUUAUGAUGACGAAAAUGUCAAGGCAUUGUUCACCGAAACGGAGUGGAAUGAAUUAACUGAGGAUCGAAUUAGGAUUCCAGCUGUUCCGUGUGAAAUCGGUGAGGAGCUGGUGAGAUACGGGAAAAAAAAAACAUUAAGUGAGCUUCGUAAUUCCGUGUUGACAUCGUAUUUAAAAGAUGGGGCCAUCUAUGAUAUCAACAAGCACUACAAUCAGGAGUGGAUACAAAUGGUAUUGCGAACACUAGUAAAUCUAUAUGAAAAUCUAGAUUCCUCAUUAAUUAGAAACCAAUACGAAAAUUGGUUUACUGUCACUUUUUUGGAGACAUUCAUCGACCUCUGUAUGAGGGAUAUUCAAUUGUGCACGGAUAUUAAGAGGACCGACGCGCCAUCACUAGCUAGCGCCAACAGGAAAAGCCGCGGUCGAUCAGGAAACACAAAAACAAGAAUAUUGACAGGACGAAAAAUUGAUGGGAUAGUAUACAUAGUUGACAGAAAUAUUGAAGUGGGUGCAAUCGAAGCGGCGGGAUCAUUUUCUGGUGUUUCAGAUCGAAAGUACCUUCUUGAAACGUUCAAAAUGCCGAAAACACUUCGUGACAUGUAUGCUGAUCUUGUGAGAACAGCAAAUUAUGACGAACAAAAAGCUAAUAAUCUUCAGGUUUUCGGUAUUUUGCAUCUCGGUCUAAGUAUUCAGUUCACGAGAUUAUAUCGUGCCGGAGGAUCUAUUUGUAUUUUUAGGAAGGAUGCUGUAUCUCACCAUGUAGAUAGCAAAUUCUCUGAAGAUGGAAUAAAAUCUUUUCUAAAACUUAUGGUAGCAAUAUAUCAACAUAAGCUUAUUAUAAGGGAUAACCUACAUACACUGAAUAUCCGGAAUGCAAAUACUGAAUCAGGAGAUGAUUAUGAUUUACUAAACGAUAUAUUAGGAGUUGGAAAUUAUUCUACGUCACAAUCAUCGAUUGAACGUUUUGCCGAUUCUUGGCCUACCUCAAGAAAGAAAAAAAGACCAAAAAGUGAGAAUUUGAAGAAAAGGAAUGUAUUAAAAAAGAGAAGAUUGUAG